GGCUCUUUUUUCUUUCUCCGAGACGAGACGAGACCGAGAGAAGUCUUCUCUAUCUCAGCGCCGACGCUUCCCAAUUUCCUUCCAAUCGACUCCGCUCGCCGUCCCCAGCUCUCCCCUGCGCCUCCCUCCCAAAACCCUACGCCCCGCGCCCUGACCAAGCUCCGGCGGGGACGAAUGGACGGAGGAGCCGCCUUCCCGGGCACGCCGCCGGUGCCGCGCUCGCCGGAGGACGUCUUCCGGGACUACCGCGCGCGCCAGGCCGGCCUGAUCAGGGCGCUCACCACCGAUGUGGAGAAGUUCUACGUCAUGUGCGACCCAGAGAAGGAGAACCUAUGUUUAUAUGGACUUCCCAAUGAGACUUGGGAAGUGAACUUGCCUGCUGAGGAGGUCCCUCCUGAACUCCCAGAGCCAGCUCUGGGAAUUAAUUUUGCUCGUGAUGGAAUGAAUGAAAAAGAUUGGCUAUCACUUGUUGCAGUGCAUAGUGAUUCUUGGCUAAUGUCUGUUGCAUUUUAUUUUGGAGCAAGGUUUGGAUUUGACAAGGAAGCCAGGAAACGUCUCUUCACCAUGAUCAAUAACCUUCCCAGCAUAUAUGAGGUUGUCACAGGAACUGCUAAGAAAGAGCCCAAAGAAAAAACUCAUAAAAGCAACAAUAAGACUAACAAAUCUGGCUCAAAGCCCUCGCGCCAGGCGGAACCCAACAACUCAAGGGUCCCAAAGAUGCCACCUCCAAAGGACGAGGAGGAGAGUGAAGGGGAGGAAGGGGAACCACAGGAAGACCAUGAGACUGCGCUGUGCGGCGCAUGUGGCCUAGGUUAUGACGACUUCUGGAUCUGCUGUGACUUAUGUGAGACAUGGUUCCACGGCAAGUGUGUCAAGAUCACCCCGGCUAAAGCGGAGCACAUCAAGCAGUAUAAGUGCCCUUCCUGCACAGGAAGCAAGAGGGCCAAGGCUUGAUUAUAUCUAUGGUAGAUCUGGAUUGCCGACGAUGCUCCAAGAACUAAGGAGCCUUUGACGAGAGUUGUAAGCUGAAUCUUUCGGGUAGGGCAGCUAAUAGAUUUGAGUACUUUGUUUGGAUACUUUGGUGCUUGAGAUGCCUCUAAAUCUAGUGUCAGUAAUUACGAGUACUGACCAACUGUAAACUGUUGUAGUUUGUGUGGCCCUCAAGCAUCUAUGUUCUGUAGUCUACUGAGUUGUGUGGUUUAGAUUCCAACUUGCCAUUUGUGAUGAAGCAGUCGUUUUAAAGUUAGAUCCCAAUCAUUUCCUGACUA